AUGGAUCUCCCCUAUGCUGCGGCCGCUACUCGAAUGGAGGAUUGGCGUUUGAAUCUGACGAGAUUGUUGUCUGAAGACCUACUUUCUUUUUUCAGGCUGAGCCACUCUACCUCCGACACACCGCGCUCCUUAGCGCCUUCAGCUGAGGUCUUGCGGCGUGCGUCAGAGGUUCUGCCUCUGCCUCUUGACGACGUGGAAAUACUGCGGCGCGGUCGGGCAAUUUUGGCUAGGAGGCUACUCCCCCAUCACGGAUCCGCUUCACUCGGGGCAGCGGCUCAGCCUGCUCCCAGCCCUGCCUCACACGCCACUUCUCCUCCGCCUGCCGCCUCGAGCCGAGGUUGGGGUUGUGAUCCAACCGGCCGUCCGGCCAGGCACGUCUUCCGAGGAGCCCGCCGGGCCUCCGAACGUGGUCGUGCAGCUCUUCAUCGCGCAGGUCUAAAUUCCUCCGACCGGGGCGCCACAAACAGGGUUGCGGCAGCCUCUUCACAGGGCCGACCUCACUCUGAUGAUUCUGACUCUGAUAACCAGCCCCUGCUUUACAGACGGCGCCGAAGAGCAGCCUCUCCCAACCCCUACAGGGGACGCCCUGCUGCGUUCCGCUCUGCCCCUAGCACCGCAGACGAAUACAGCCCAGGCGAUCAUCAAAACCCUGCGCCAACAGAGCCCGUUCCCGAACAACCUCCUGCUCCUCUUGGUGCUGACGCCGACCCUUCUCAACCUUCCUCCUCCGCCCGCCAUCGUUACAGGACCACCAUCCCCUCUGAAGCUGCUAUAGCUCAGCGGCCUGACGCCCCCACGAGUCUUUUGAUGAUGAAAGGCUGCCUCGGCAAGCUGCAGCUGAACGACCCUGCCCAAGCCAGCUAUGCUUUGCGAGUAGAAAUCCAAGCCUUAACUAAUCAGACCGACCGACAGAGGCGAUCCCUGACGCAGGUUAAAAAUGAGCUCCGAGCUGUGAGAGAGGAGAGAGCUGCAUCUGAGGCGGGGUAUCAGCAACAACUAGCCUAUCAGGCUCAGGAACUACAGUCCAAGGAUACUCUUCUGCAGGAGAGGGGCGAGAGAUUGGAGGUGCAGGCAGCCCAACUGGAGACUCAGGCAGCUGAACUGAGGGCUCUGAAGGCAGAACUAUCCCAGUCUCGAGCGGCUCUGUCGGGAGUAUCCACCGCCUUGACCGUCUAUCAAGAAGGAGAGGAGGACCGUUGCCUACGAAGUCGAAUGUCCUACCUGACCUCCCCCGAAUUUUUGUCCCAGGCUGGGGCACGCUUCUCUGCGACCAUACCAUACACGGCGGCCGGGGUUAUCCGUCAGUUGCACGCGUAG